AUGACGAAUUGGGAAGUUCUGAUUGAAACACUUGGUCGAGGGCUUCCGACAACCCAAAGGACGGCGGCAAAGGCGCAAAAGAGACGUGGAAUGGGUGCGGGUCGCGGAGGCAGCGAGAGAGUGUGCACGAGGAGGAGGACGGCCGACGGAGAGCCGGUCCCACUGGCUCACCGCCAACUCGCCACUUCCAGGUAGUUCCAGUCAAGCUCAGUGGUGGUACCUGUCCCCGGUCCCACGCCCGUUUUGACCGUUUCGGCGAAAACUUUCCAAGUUUCCCUAUGUUUUGAAAGACUAUGUGAAUAGUUCAAAACACUUUUCAUGGAAAUCAUAUGUUAUGAAGCUCACCUUCAUAAACCUUCCUUGCAUGACAGAAAUUUAUGAAUUUGAGAAUUUUCUCGAAUAUUAGUUUAGAAGUUUCUUUCGGAUUCCAUUUAUCCAUGACCUGAGACAUUAUUCAAUGAGAUUCAACAUAAUUGGCAAUAAGAAUUUUUGACGAAGACAACGGUGAAAAAAAGAAAGCGUCGAACUUAGUUUCAAACAGGAAGUGUAUAAAAAAACUGAAAGAGAUUUAGAUUUGAAAAAUGAAAAUUGAAUCUAAUUUAAUUUAUUUUUUUAAAAAAAAACUUACUGUUGUUGAGAAAAAAAAAAGUUUGAAUUUUUGAUUUUAAUGAGGGCUCACUACGGGAACCAUUCCACAGAAAAUCACAGAGAAGGACAAAGGAAGAAUUUUUUUUACCAAAACCUUCCCUGUUCAUCUUUAAUCGACUAUUGAAGCUUAUAUUUUCUUUAUCACGGUAGUCUGGAAACUAAAAAUGGAAGCUUAACUCGAUUAUAUUCAGAAUUCAAACAAAGUUCUCAUAGAUUUUUGACCACUUUUUCUUCCAUUUUCUCCAGUUGCGAGCAGCUCAAAAACCUGCUUUCGCCAGAAAAAAACAUAAUCAUUCCAUCAAACGUAUAAUGUGAGCUUAUCACUCGUUUGCACAUAAUUAUACGAAAUGAGACGUUGAAGUACCCAAUUUGGGAGUAAAGUACCCUUUACUUAUGAAGAAAAAUAUCGCUUGCCUCUUCUUGCUGUAUUUCAUAUUUGAAGGAAAAAAGCCACGUGAAGAUGACCGAUUUGAACCUGAACAGGAAACUUCAUAAAUGAAAAAUGUAGGAAGACUCAAGUCUUUUUUUUCGAAACUACAAACUACAAAGUUUCAUAGAUUAGACUAACAAAGAAAAAUAAAAAGAAUCAUCAUUUUCUGAGAGAUCGUGUAUAAAACUGGGAAAAUUUCCCAAAUUAAUAUUAAUUAUUUUUCUUUCAUAAAAUAACAAACCUUAAAACUGUUGAAGAUGUCACAGCAGCCGGUGAGCUUGAAUCCAUUUUUUUCGAAAAAAAGAAAACUAUAUUUUAUAAAAACUUUUUCUUAUAUUCAUAAUUAUUCUUAUGAUAAAAAAAUAAUGAUAAAUAAAAAGAAAAGUGAAAAUACUGAAAUUUCAAAAUCGAUCUGAGUUCUCUGUGGAGAUAAUUUUCUCUAUGUUCUCGAUUAUAUUCCCAUGAAAACUAUGUUUUUUUCCCUUGCGGGUUUAUCAAUUUGGUUGGGUAAUAUUAUUUUUGAGCAGAUAAACUCUUUUUGAGAAUCUGCUUUUUGAAAUGCGUAUAAUCAAAAAGUUUCAUGAAUAAUUGCACCUGCACAAUUUUCUCGAGAAAAACGCAAAAAUUAUUUUUUUUCACCGCAAAGGUAAAAUGAUCGUCUUUAAUGGUAUCUUUGAUGGUAUAUUUAUGUAAUUUUUAGCUCUCAAAUUUUUGAGCAAAAUCAAUGUGACAUCAAAUUCCUUUUACUCACGUUUGCAAUAUGGCUCACCGGACUGGUUUGCCUUUUCUCAAUAUGAGGCUUCUUACAGCCGGAACGGCCUCAUUUUGUAUUUUUUACUAAAAUCCAGUUAGAACGAAUAAUCCGUCGAGUUGAUACUUUUAAGUCAUUAAAUUGGAUAUUGAAUCUUCUUCUUCAAAAAAGCUCUCUUUUAUAUUCCAUGUGUCUUUAUAAUAAAACGGAGGCCGAAAUUUACGAUGGUACGACAAAAUCUCAAGUCCGCAAAUCUCGAGGACCGUAAUCUUGUGUACGCAGAUCUAAAGUCCCAUAAUCUUGGAAACCAAAAUCUUGGAGACCAAAAAUCUUGGAAACCACAAUCUUGGAAAGCAAAAAAAUCUUCCUUUUUUUAGUCUUCUUUAUUGCACUUUAUCUACUUAUAUUCUCUUGUUUGGAUCACCGAAUACAAUUUCUGAUAAAAAUCUAUUCGCAAAAGCGUUGAUUUUUACUUUCCAAGAUUGUGGUUUCCAAGAUUUUGGUCUUCAAGAUUUUGGUCUCCAGGAUUAUGGGACUUUAGAUCUGCGUACACAAGAUUACGGUCCUCGAGAUUUGCGGACUUGAGAUUUUGUCGUACCAUCAAAUUUACAGUUGGAAUUUAGCCCAAGAAAAAAUGAAUGAUGAACUAGUCGAUAAUGCGAAAAAAAAAGAAGUUGUUUGGCUACUCGAAGAGCGCGGCCAAUGAGAAGAAGACCAAACAAGGGCAUCGGAUGAGAGCAAACACGACGUCUUCAAAAGGUCAUCCUCGACUUCGAAAACUUUCUGAAUGCCCUUUGGAUGGCGGCCUCGCCUCGAGUGGGUUCAAAUGA